AUAUAUUGUUUUUCACGAAGAUGACAGAAACCAAAAACCACGUCGUACUGCACACAAGCAGUACACACGACACUAUCCUGCAAUGUUAAGUUGAGAAUUACAACAACUCACAACCAUAACCACCACUACACUAUGAAAAGCCAUCAACCAAAGCUUAAAACUCAACUAUUCUCAUGUGGCUUCUUCCGACAGUGUGGUCAAACCGUACUUAGCCCCACCGCUACAGGCACAACACCACCACUCCCUCUCACACACACUCACACUCACACUUCAACAACAUGCGAAUCCUCAACUUCAUCCUCUUCUUCCGCCACUUCCCAAAGUUUCACACAAUGGAGAUUCUCUCUUCCCACCCCCACUUCCACACCAAACACCCCCCCGCCCACUGACACUCACACUCACACUCACACUCACAACCCUCCUCCACUUCCUUCCCCUUUCACAAUUCCCAAUCUCCAAGAACUCUUCCACGUGUCAGACAUCCAACUAACCACUGAUUUUAACGCUGCACUUAACCUCCUAGAACGUUCUCUCGUUCCUAACCCGCCUCAAGACCAACCGCCUUGUCCUCCUAACCUCAUGCGGGCCCUCAUCUGUAAUUUACGGGAAGCCAAACCUGCCACCAAGAUACUCUUCGCGCUUUGUCUCUCCGAGGCUAACCGUCGUGUCGCCGUUGAAGCUGGAGCCGUCGGCGCCGUCGUGGAAUCUGCGCCGGAGCUCGAUGGUGCUCCUGCGGAGAGGGCUCUCGCUGCGCUUGAGCUUAUGUGUACGGUGCCGGAAGGUGCGGAGGAAGUGAGAGCUCACGCGCUUGCGGUGCCGGUGAUGGUUACCGUCAUGGGAAAAACCGGCGCGCGCGGGAAAGAAUAUGCCAUUGGAGUUUUGGCUGUGAUUUACGGUGGUGAUGUUGGGGAACAGUUGACGGCUCCUCCAGAAGAGGUGGCGCGUGCUGUGGAGCUUGCACUUCAAGGGGAGUGUAGUGCUAGAGGAAAGAGAAAAGGGGCCCAGCUUUUGAAGAUGCUGCAGCAUCUAUCUCACCCUCACGCUCACGUUACAAGUUGAGUUGGAGAGUGAUGAUCACUCGCGCUCAUAAAAUAAUAAUAAUAAUAAUAAUAAUAAUAAUUUGCAUCCAUUGUCAAUUUGUUAUUACCAUCAGCUUUGUUAUUAUAUGUCAUUAUCACUUGCUGCAUCUGCUUCGUGUUUGUAAUUGUAUCACCAUCCCUUUGUAUUUUGAAAUAUAGUAAGUAAUUAUGCUGUUUAUGAUUUUGAUA